AUGCGCUUGCCAUGGGCACCCAGCUUAGCCCCAGCGUUGGCCCCGCCGCCCAUCCUGCCGCGCGGCUGCGCGCCGGCGAUGUUGGAGGCGUACGAUAUGCUGCCGCUGCUCAAUUGCCUUGACGAGGCGGACGUGGGCGCCUGCCUCGAGACACUCAACCCACACGACGGGCGGGUGCUGGUGUCCGAGGCGGCGGGUGCGGCCUUCAUCGGCGGGUCGGUCGGCGUGAUCGGGACCGUCAUCUCCGCCUUCGUUAAGCGCGACCAGGUCAAGGACCGCCUCAAGUGCACCUACUGCAACGGCACGGGCCAGAUUGUGUGCGGGCGCUGCUACGGCAACAAGGUGCUGGAGCUGCGGACGACGGAGGGCAGCUUCGCCACGCAGGACUGCGGCACCUGCGAGAGCACGGGGACCGUCGUCUGCAUCAACUGCCAGGGCAGCGGCGUCCAGGUCGGCUUCACGGAGGAGGACUACAUCGGCCUCUUCGACGAGGUCAAGUUCCCGGACUUCAACGAGCUCGAGGCGCCGCAGUACAGCAGCGACCAGCAAAAGGCGGCGGUGGAGGACCGGGCACGGCUGGGCGCCCUCUCGUACGGCGGCGGCAAGCCCUCCUCGCCAAAGGAGGAGCCGCUCGAGGCACCGCCCCUCGACAGCAUGGGGUGA